CAAGGAAUAUAGUAUAGUAGUAAUAGUAGUAUAGAAGCCUUGGGGGACACCGUUGGAAGAGGUGAACUCCCCGCCCGGCGUCCACCACCGACAGGCAACACGUCUAAGUGCUCCUCGAGUCACCCACGCCGUAAACUUUAAUUUCUCCGUACAGCAGCAACACUGCACUCACCAUGGCCGGCCACUCAGUUCCUGUCGACUUCAGAGUCAAUCCGGCCAAAAUCUCAAAUCCUGUGGAGAGGAAGACGCUGAUUCAAGAUUUCCUGCCCAUCCUUGAGCCUUUCACUGGUUCCCUCACUGAGGUAUCGAUGUGUGAGGUGGCAGGAGGGAACCACUUUGCCCUGUACAGCUCAGACUCCAUGACAGUCUCCGUCAAGAUGUACACCAAUGGACUCGUCUCUGCCACUGUGGAAUACUACACUGAGAACGUCAACGAACACAAGAUUCUCAACGAUGAUGGGAGGCGCAUUGAGAAGCAGCUCCGGGAGAAAUUUGACUGCAGUGUUUCCAAGGUGCUGCCAGCCAUCAAGAGAGCACCUCCUAUCAACCCUUACUUCACAUCAUCAGACGACAGAAUCCUGGAGUAUGACGUGGACCAGAUGGUGUUUGAGGAGAGGACCGAGUUCCAGAAGGUGCAGAUCUACCACACCAAGAGCUACGGAAACAUGCUUGUCCUCGAUGAUCUGCAGAAUUUAGCGGAGAGUGACAUUGCCUACACCCAUGGGCUGAUGUCGAAGGGAGUGGAGAGCUACAAUGGGAAGGAGGUCCUCAUCCUGGGUGGCGGUGAUGGAGCACUGCUGUGGGAAUUGCUCAAGGAGAAGCCAAAGUUUGUCACCAUGAUUGAUAUUGACGAUGCUGUGAUGAGAAGCUGUCGUAAGCACCUGCGGUCAGCGUGUGGCGACUGCAUGGACAAGUACGACGGUGCCAAUUACAAGAUCAUUGUUGGUGAUGCCAUUGCUUACAUGCAAGACUACAUCAAGGAAGGCCGCCUCUUUGACUAUGUGUUUGCAGACCUGACUGACGUGCCGAUCUCACCAACGCCACGUGGGGAGCUGUGGGACUUCAUGCGCACUGUCAUUGGCUCCGGGACCAAGCUCAUUAAGCCAGCAACAGGAAAAUACAUGACGCACGCUAUUGGAAUACAGUGCAGCGGGGCCCUUAAGAUGUUUGAGGAACAGAUGGCCAAGCUGGAGCCACCUGUCAGCUUCACUCAGACCAGCUGUCAUGUCCCAAGCUUCAUGGAAAAGUGGUGCUUCUAUCAGGUCACUCGCCAGCCUUCCUGAGACACACGCGCACACACAAACACACACACACACACACACACACACACGCACACACACGUACACACACACACAUACACACACACGCCCGGUAGCUCAGUGGUUAGAGCGCUGGCUUCA